GUGAGAUUUGAACAAAGUUGAUAGAGGGCUCAAUGAUAAAGAACGUAAGAUUUAAAUAUUAAUCCUAAAGGCUAGACAUGGGAACUGUUUUCUUAUUUUUCGUGUACAUUUGUGCAAAUUUAAUAACCAAUGUGGAGCUUAGCGGCUCCUGUAAUAAGCGUUGUGAAUGGACAGGAUGGAGCUCCUGGUCUGACUGUGACAGACGAUGUGCCGGGGGACAGCAGAAACGUUCUAGGGAGUAUUGCUGUAAACAGGAUUUGGCGCACGAUAUGAGACUAUGCAUGCAAGAUUGUGGAAAUGAUUAUGACACCAUGAGACGUGGUUUCCGAGAUACUAAGGGCUGUAAUGAACAUUGUGAUAACGGUGGGAAAUUUAUUUCCUCGGGGAAUUGUCAGUGCCCUUUAAGAUACAACGGAACUUGCUGCCAUGAUGUGGUUACCUGUGGGCAGCCCAGUACAAUUUCUCAUGGUAGUUUCACCGGAAGUGAUUUUACCUAUGCGGGUAAAAUUCAAUACACAUGCGAUAAGAAUUAUAACAUGACAAACCCUUCUCAAUCCACUCGCACCUGCGCGUCUCGUGGAGAUUGGAACGGAAGUGCCCCGACUUGUUUGUAUGCAACCUCGUGUGAAAGCAGUCCAUGUAAGAAUGGGGCUACUUGUGAGAAUUUGUUAGGUGACUAUUGUUGUGUAUGUAUGUCCGGGUGGACAGGGAAAAAUUGCGAAGUUGAUGUGCAACCGCCUAUUGUCCAAGGAUGUCCAGCAGACCGGAAUAUUGUUACAUCAGACCUGACAAGUCGUCAAAACUGGUCUGAACCAAAUAUCACCGAUCCCCACGGUACACAAGUUGUCAUAACAAAGAAUUACGAAAAAAGUGAAUUUGUAUUUCCAUGGGGAGAGUUUACUAUACAAUAUAGUGCUGUCAAACCUUCCAACGGACUACGAGCUGAGUGCAAGUUUAACAUAUCAAUUAAGCCAUUUUCAUGUAAGAAGAUGGACGCACCAACAAAUGGAAUGAUCCUCUGUAACGGCUGGAGACAAGAUUAUUCUCAGGUCUGCGUAUUUGCAUGCAAGACGAACUAUACUUUACCACCCGGAUAUGAAGCAGACGACAUCUAUGUGUGUGGUGCCACGGGUAACUGGCUUCCGGCGAAUCCUGUUCCGCACUGUGUGUCCAAAAGUCUAUUCCCAGAAAAGCAUGUUAAAAAGUUUUCUACGUGUACUGAACUAGAUGAUCAGAAACUGAUGUCUGAAUUUUAUAUAGAGUUUCUCAAGAAAUCUGCAAUGAACGCGCUCUGUGAACAACACGCAGACGACUGUACAUCCGAUAACAUAGACAUCGGAUGUUAAAAAAGAGACAAGGCACCUAAAAACUAUUAUCAAUUAUUCAUACAAACAUUAACAAUAUAACUAUAAUUGUUUCACAAACAUAUAAAUUUAGGCUCUAGUAAUAUUUUACCUAUUAAGUCUUUUCCUGUUAUAUAAUAAAAAUGCUCAAAACAAUGGACUAUGUAC